AUGGCUAAACCGAAGAACGAUGAUGCUUCUGAGGAAGCUAAAAAAAUUGUGGACGAUGCAAAGAACUUCAUUGAGAAGGCGAUAGCCGAUAUUGGAAAAACAUCUGCGACAAAGCAACUUAUUUUAGGAACUGCGUCAGGAUGGAUAACUGGUUUUAUGUCCAUGAAAAUUGGAAAAAUUGCAGCGGUUGGCUUGGGAGGUGGUGUUAUUUUGCUACACAUUGCUAGUCAAAAAGGCUACAUUGACAUUAACUGGGACAAAAUAAACAAGAAAGUAGAUAAAAUUACUGACAAAAUCGAAAAAGAAACUACUGGAAAAUCGCCCGAUUGGUUCGAAAAAAUGGAACGUUUUGUGGACCGUAAACUUGAUAAAGCAGAAGAACUGUUAAAGAAAAAAGAGAAAAAGGCUAAGCAUUGGUACAGUAACUUUGUAGGUGAGGAACAAUAUAAUGCCACUGAGACUCAUGUAUUUUUAGCUUCCUUUGCUGCUGGUAUGGCAUUAGGUCUGCUUUGUGGCCAAUAA